ACGACUUCUUCAACAUGUUUUGCACGGCUCUUCUUCCUGAAAAAAACCCUAACUUGCUACUUACCUUUUUGUCACAUUUCUCUCUAGAAGCUUUGAAGAAACUCAAACAUGUCGGAUGAAGAGCAUCAGUUUGAGUCAAAAGCAGAUGCAGGUGCAUCCAAAACUUACCCUCAACAAGCUGGUACCAUUCGUAAGAAUGGUUAUAUUGUCAUCAAGAAUCGUGCUUGCAAGGUUGUAGAAGUUUCAACAUCCAAGACUGGAAAGCACGGUCAUGCUAAAUGCCACUUUGUUGGAAUUGAUAUUUUCAAUGGAAAGAAGCUUGAAGAUAUUGUUCCGUCCUCCCACAAUUGUGAUGUUCCUCAUGUGAAUCGUACCGACUACCAGCUUAUUGAUAUAUCAGAGGAUGGAUUUGUGAGUCUGCUGACUGAGAGUGGUGGCACUAAGGAUGACCUCAGGCUCCCAACUGAUGACGCUCUGCUCACGCAGAUAAAGGAUGGUUUUAGUGAGGGAAAAGACCUUGUUGUGACAGUGAUGUCUGCCAUGGGAGAAGAGCAGAUCUGUGCUCUUAAGGACAUUGGUCCAAAGUAACUCUGUUCUUGAAAUUAUUUAGCUUUACCUAUAAAUGGGUCCCUUUUAGUAAUAGCAGUUUGGGUUUGGAUAUUUACCUUUGGAUCAAUGGAUUCUUGUAUGUAUGUAUGUAUGUAUGUGUGGUUGGAACCAGCGGUGAUUAAUAUGUCACGUGUAGCAUUAUGGAACAAGUUUGUAAUACAAAAGUUGCAAAAUAACCUUGUUGAGAAUGCAUGAAUGGGAGGCAACUUGCACAAGCUA